GACCGCGUGGGUUGUUCUGAGUUCUCCUCACAGCGGUAUUUUCCUUCCCUCUCUUUCUCACUCGUCGGCCGGCUUCGCGUGCGUCGCGUCUUUUCCAACGCCUUUACCAAAACACAAAUAAUACCGCCUCAUCUUCCUCCCCUCCGAACUGCGUUUCGUCGAAUGCGUGCUGCGACCACCGCCCUCACGUCCAAUGACAUUUUUUCUUCUUCUUAACGUAACGUAUUUUGGGUAGAAUACUUUUCUCACCGGACAUUUUAAAAUACACAUUUACUGUCUUCCGGUACUUCACCCCCCUUUCCCUUCUCUCUCACGUAGUGCGGAAAACGAUUUUUUUUUUACCUCGUGGCUUCUGAACUUAACGUGUGUUUAAACCGUGUCGUAAUCUUAGAGACGUUAGACAUGAUGUCCAGUGUCGCACACUCGGGUACGGACGACAGAUGGACCCGCGCAGGCCGCUGAGACGCCACCCCCCGCCGCCCCCGGGGGCGGGACCCCGCCGCCACCACGCCGGGCGCCCCAUGGACGCCGCCGGCCGCUGACGGCGGAGCGCCGCCGGGCCGAGGCGCCAUGGACACGGACGACGAGGACCUGGACGAGUGCACGCGGGCCCUGAACGGCUCGGCGCGCAAGCAGUUGUGGGUGAAGGCCGUGAGGAAGAUCACGUCACAGAGGCAUCAUGCAGCCUCCUUCGCUGAUCCUUUCGGCCGCGACUGCAAGGCUUCCGCCCCGAGCAAGGUGCCCGACGAGCCGCGCAGCCCCGGGGACGGCUCGUGCACGCCGCCCCCACUGCCGACGGAGGGCGGCGGGGGCGGAGGCGGCGGGGGCGGUGACCAGCUGCCCCUGGCGGAGCUCACCGCCGUGGUCGCCGUCGAGGAAGACGAGUCGUCGGUCGCCAACAGCGGCGCGGUGUUCAAGCGGGGCUUCGUCUACAAGGGCAUCUACUGCCCGUCGCUGACCAACAGCUUCCGGGAGAGCCACCUGGAGCUGGCCUACCAGCGCUACUCGCACCGCCAGCGCCAGAAGUCGCUCAUCGUCGUCAACGUGGUCGACUCGCUGCUGAAGGUCGUGCUGGGAGUGGUGUGGGCUCUGGACAAGGACCUUGAGGAGGUGCCCUCUGGUGAGGCGGUGGCUUGGACCACCUGCUCCAUGGCCGCCAACAUCACGGUGUGCGUGCUGGGCUGGUGGCGCUGCUUCGCCAACAACUACCUCCACUGGGCCGCCAUCUGCACCUGGUUCCUGCUCAACGCCCAAGGUUUCGUGGGCUCCGGCAUCGGCUUCACGUUCCAGUACCAAGUGUGGUACGUGCUCUUCAUCGUGUUCGUGACGUACGCCAUGCUGCCGCUGCCGCUGCGCUGGUGCAUGAUCCUGGGCGUGGCCACCGCCGUCAUCCACAUCAUCAUCUCCGUCGUCAACAUGUUCAUCAACCAGAUGGUGAGCAUGGACGUGACGUCGAACCUGUACCAGCCCAUCGCCAACUCGACGCUGUACAUCGCCGUGAACUUCGCCGGCAUGUACACCAAGUACCUGACGGACCGCGGCCAGCGCAAGGCCUUCCUGGAGACGCACCGCUCCAUGGAGACGCGCUGCCGCACCCAGAGGGAGAACGACCGCCAGGAGAAGCUGCUGCUGUCCGUGUUGCCGGACUUCGUGGCGAAGGAGAUGAUCAGGGACAUCGCGCGCGAGGAGGAGAAGGGCGCCUUCAUGCCCAACCAGUUCCACAAGAUCUACAUCCACCGCUACGAGGACGUCAGCAUCCUGUUCGCCGACAUCAAGGGCUUCACCGCCUUGGCUAGUCAGUGCAGUGCCCAAGAGCUGGUCAGAGUUCUCAACGACUUGUUUGCCCGCUUCGACAAACUGGCGGCGGAGAACCACUGCCUGCGCAUCAAGCUGCUGGGCGACUGCUACUACUGCGUGUCGGGGCUGCCGCGGGCCCGCGCCGACCACGCGCACUGCUGCGUCGAGAUGGGGCUGCACAUGAUCAAGGCCAUCCAGUACGUCCGCCACAAGACCCAGGUUGACCUCGACAUGCGGAUCGGCAUCCACUCGGGGUCGGUGCUGUGUGGCGUGCUGGGACUGAGGAAAUGGCAGUUCGAUGUCUGGUCCUACGACGUCACUCUGGCGAACCACCUCGAGUCAGGAGGCAUCCCCGGGCGCGUGCACAUCUCCAAGGCGACUCUGGACUGCCUCAACGACGUGUACGAGGUGGAGCCGGGCCACGGCGACACCAGGGACAGCUACCUCAAGGAGCACGGGGUGGAGACCUUCAUCAUCAGGCAGGUGGAGCCGCUGAGGCCGCGCCGUCGCCUGCACCAUCGCGGCUCCAGACCCCGGCUGUGGUCCGAGGAGGACAAGGCGUGCCUCGCCCCCGACAACAACAACUCCGCGCCCCCCUCGGCGCCCGCCCCCGUGCCACGCAACCACAACCACAACCACAACCACAACCACCAGGCCAUCGGCUUCAUCGACGAGGAGGCCACCACCGACUGGCAGCCCGAGAUUCCCUUCGAGAACCUCAACACGCUGAGCUCGGAGCCGGACGACGACCUUCUGGAGGAGGACCCGGAGCGCGGCGACAAGGGGGAGCCGGGGAUCAGCAUGGCGGAGGAGGUGGACGAGAUCAUCGACCACAGCAUCGAGAUCGAGAGCAACAAGCGCAUGCGCGAGGCCAACCUCAACCCCUGGACGCUGCGCUUCAAGGACCUCGACAUGGAGACCAAGUUCUGCAAGCUAAGGGAAGAAAUGUUCAAGUCAAACAUGCUGUGCUGCUUCAUCAUCUGGAUUUUCAUUGUUGUGUGCCAAGUUAUUGUCAUGCCCAGCUCCACGGCGCUGGUGCUGUCCUUGUCGCUGACGACUCUGGUGCUGAGCUGCGCGCUGGUGCUGGUGAUGGCGGAGGAGUUCAGCCAGCUGCCCGACGCGCUGCGCACCAUGUCCAACGUGCUGGUGCACCACAGGAACCGGCGCACCGUCUUCAUCUGCUGCGUGGUGCUGCUCAUGUCCGCCACGUCCUCCGUCAGCCUGAUCAUGUGUCCGUGCGAGCUGAUGACCAACUUCACGGCGCCCGCAGCAACCACCAGCACAACCACCACCACCACCACCGCUGCGACCUCCGCCGCAGGCAACCAGUCCAUGAGCCAGGUGAUCCUGUCCCUCAUCCUCACCAUCUCGGCGCAGAACAGGACCGGGCCGGAGGCUGAGGCGCCGCUGGACCCUAGCUGCGCCAACUGCACCCGGGCCAUCGUGCUGACGGCCAGGUCCAGCCUCGAGGUCGGCCAGAGGAGGCGGCGCUCCGCGGUCGACAGCCGGGCGUCAGGGCGCGCGCCGGACACCAGCCGAGGGGAGCCGACGAGGAGGAGGAGGAGGAGGAGCAUCGCGACGGGCGCCGACGCGCAGGUCGCGGUGCGGACCUCCGCCUCCGCCGCCGUCGGGGGCGGCAGCAGCAGCGGCGGCGGCGACGGCUACGCGCUGGUGCCCGACGACCUGUGCCUGCGGCCCGAGUACAUCGUGUUCACGUGGGUGCUGUGCCUGGUGGCGCUCGCCACCUCGCUCAAGCUCUACUACCUGGUGAAGACCGCGCUGGCCGCCACCAUGGUCAGCUCCUUCAGCGUGCUCAUCGUGUACGCGUACCCGGUCGUCUUCAGCAUGGCCAACCUGGAGACGGUGAUGCCGCUCAACUCGCAGAUGCUGAUCCUGCUGGUGGUGUUCUUCACCAUGGUGGCGUACCACGCGCGCCUCGUGGAGGUGACGGCGCGCCUCGACUUCCUGUGGAAGCAGCAGGCGGAGCGCGAACUGGCCGACAUGAUGGAGACCCGCCAGAACAACACGCAGCUGCUCAAGAACAUCCUGCCCGACCACGUGGCGCGCCACUUCCUGUCCGAGGAGCGGCAGGCCGAGGAGCUGUACUCCCAGUCGCGGGACAAGGUGGGGGUCAUGUUCGCCAGCAUCCCCAACUUCACGGAGUUCUACUCGGAGGACAUCAACAAGGGCAUGGAGUGCAUUCGGCUGCUCAACGAAAUCAUAGCGGAUUUUGACGAGCUACUGGACGAAGAUAGGUUCAAAAGCAUAGAGAAAGUGAAGACUGUCGGUGCGACGUACAUGGCGGCCUCCGGCCUCAACCCAGCGGAAAAUGGCGAGGACGAGUACGAGCACCUGUGCGCGCUGGUGGACUUCGCCCUGGCCAUGAAGCAGCGCCUGGAUGACGUCAACACGCACUCCUUCAACAACUUCCACCUGCGCGUGGGCAUCAGCUGCGGCCCGCUGGUCGGCGGAGUGAUCGGCGCGCGCAAGCCAGUCUUCGACAUCUGGGGCAACACCGUGAACGAGGCCUCGCGCAUGGACUCCACGGGCACCAUGGGCCAGAUACAGGUGCCCAAGGACACCGCGGCGAUCCUGGAGGCGCGCUGCUUCCAGCUGCAGCUGCGCGGGGUGAUCGCGGUGAAGGGCAAGGGCGAGAUGGAGACCUACUACGUGGUGGGGCGCCGCGGGUCGCGCGCGGGGGCCUUCACGCGCCAGCCCAGCGCGUACAACAGCCUGGCCGCCGUGGUGUACGGCAUGGUGCAGGCUCGCCGCAAGCAAACCAUCAAGAAGAGCACCACGCCGGGCGGCAGCCUGAUCAGCCGCACGCGCUCGCAGCAGAAGGGCGUGGACGGCGGCAGCGUGGGCAGGCUGGCCAACUUCAGCAGCAUGCGCGCGCUGGGCCGCUCCACCCCGGGCCACGCGCGCCGCAACACCACGAGGGCGGGCGGCGGCCACCAGCCCUCGCACUCGGCGGGCGGCGACGCCUGGACGCAGGGCAGCGCGCGGCAGCUGUCGGCCGCCCGCAGCAGCUCCGUGCUGCUGGCCGCGCUGCAGCCGUCCUCCGCGCCGCAGACUCCCGCCGUGACGGGCGGCGACUGGCAGCCGCUGUCCCGCAAGGUGUCCGGGGCGUCGCUGCAGCCCGAGGCCGGCGACCAGCGAUAAGGUUCACGGAGCUGAUGGCAUCAGCGCCGCGGCGAGAGAUACAGCCGACAAACGACCACCGACCUGGGUGAAGAAGUUGAUGCAC